UAAAUUGCAAGAUAAAGAGAGAAGCGUGUAAUUGUCUGAUAAUGCAAGUAUUAUUUCGCAACUCGGUGGUUAUUUUGAUUAUCGAUUCAUUGCAGUCUAGUGAACCUGCCAUAUUGGUCUCCGGCAGCUGAUUACUGCAGGAAUUUCGAAGAGGCAAUCAUGUUGACUCGAAGAGCAGCUCUUGGAAUACAAAAAACCUUUAAACGUAAUGUGGGUGUGUUCGCCCCAGCUUUACAGAAAGCUACCGAUCCUAUCCAGCAACUAUUCAUCGAUAAAAUUCGUGAAUAUAAAUCAAAGAGCGCUGGUGGUAAAUUAGUUGAUGCUACUCCAGAGUUAGAGAAAGAAAGACAAACUGAAUUGGAGAAAGUAGCAAGACAGUAUGGCGGUGGACCUGGAACUGACAUGACUCAAUUUCCUCAAUUUAAAUUCCCUGAUCAAACUAUCGAUCCACAAGUUUAAUCAACAUUUAUAUGAUACGUCUGUUUAUAGGAAUGUCUUUCAUUGGCAUUAUCUUGUCAAAGGUAUAAUUGUAUAGAAAGAUGGAUAAGCAAGAUCAAUAAAGAUUCUUUGUUUUUUGUUACAAAGCCGCAAUUUUAAUGGAAGACAUUGUUAUGUAAAAGAUGUAGCAAAUGAUAUGAAGUCACAUUGUUGGCAUUUCACUAAACAGUAAUACUUUAUUGUAAGAGUAGAAAAUAUAAUUUAUAAAACCAA